AUGCACAGUCACCAACAUUUCACACGUUCCAAAACUAAAUCUAAUCAUCCUUCUAAAGAAUCCACAAUUUCAUCAUCAAUUAAUCAACUUCGUGAUUCAUUUUCGAUGGCAAGUUCUUUCACAAAAGCUGAAGAUUCAGCCGAAUCAAAUGGUGAUCAUAUACUGAAUCCUGAACUACACUCUCAUUUUGGUACACAACAUCAAACUACGGAACCAAAAUCAUUACCAUCUCAUUAUUCUUUGAAACCAUCACCGGCACGACUUUCGCAUGAAUCUGGUCAAUUAUUACAAAAUGAAGUUGAUCGUCUGAAAGCUGAAUUACAGAUGUUGAAAUCUUCUCCUCAAUCAUUAAUCAAUCAAAUAAAUCCUUCGAAUCUUCAAUCAACCAUAUCAUGUCCAACGAAUGUUUCGACACAAUCGUCUACAAUCACUUCAACUAUUCCAUCAAUUCAAUAUGUUAUUAAUAUUGAUCCAUUACAACAAAUGAAAGAUGUUAAUCUCUCUAAUCGAAUCAAAUCUAUUUUAGCACAACCCAAUCAAUAUCCUCAUGAAAUUUUCGAUGAUGGCAUCCUGUACAAAGUGAUUAAUCGAAUUGAUGGGUCUAUCAUACAAUUACCAUGGUUACCAGCAUCAUUAAUUCCACAUGUUUUAUUUGUAUAUCACGAUCAUCCAAUGAGUGGUCACUUUGGUGUCACUCGACCAUUUCACAAAGUUCGAGAACAAUUCUUUUUCCCUCGCAUGUAUGAUCAUAUUAAAUGA